GCCCAAGGCUGACAAAUGCUUAUUUUCUGUAAAACGAAGUAAACUCAAUAAAACUUUUUCUUAAUCACUUUCUGUUUUGGACUAAGCACUUGGAUACUGUUUGUUUCUGUUGAACUCGUUCUUUUCCUUCAUUAUUUUUGUUCUUUUUUUUUUCUUCUUUCUUGCAAAUUGCAAACAAUUCAAAGUAUCUUAAAGCUAUUUACAUUGGAGUCAUUGCCAUUAUAACAAUCAUUAGAUAUCGUUUUUUAAGAUGUUGUUUAACUCAAUUUCUCGUUUAAAUUUAGGAUCAAUACUCGGCAAAAGAGUGUGGGAGAAUUUGCAUAUAAACAAGCUUCCGUAUUCGAAUUCCUUGAUUCGGAAUAGAACUAUUUCAUUGUCAACCGUUUUUGGUAACCGUUUCUAUGGCACAAAGGUGAGACGAAACUUUUAUGAUAUGUUUCCUGAUGUCGUCUCCAAACCUCCUCCACAAGGACCCUUUGACAUUGAUGCUAAGGCGCUUAGAAGAAGCUACUUGAAACAAGCAAAGUUCAUGCACCCUGACGUUGCUCAAGGAGAAGACCGUAAAGCCAUUGAACUUAAAGCGGCGGAAUUAUCCAAGGCUUACCGAACUUUGCUCUCUCCCUUGAGUCGUGCUGAAUACAUUUUAAGUCUUAACAACGAAAGUGCAGACAGUGAAGAAAUUAAGAACAACGAUCCAGAAUUCUUGAUGCAGAUUUUAGAAGUUCACGAACAAUUACAGGAAGUCGGUUCCUCACCUGACGCGCUAAAUCGACUGAAGCAGGAAAACGAUGAACGAAAGCAGAAUGAAAUUGCAAAUCUGAAGCAAGCGAUGGAGAAGGCUGAUUGGGAACAAGCUCGAUACUUUGUUGCUCGUUUACGCUAUUGGGAAAGUAUCAGUCGUAACAUUCAAGAACUUUAGAAACCAUUCUAUUAUCCGUCUUUGAUAGCGUUGAAUUAUGUAUUAAAUGAUUUUUUCUUAUUUAACAUCUACCUAGAAGCUGAUUAUUUAUGAACCUCUUGCUUAUCGGUUUAAUGAAAGAUAGAUGAGAAAUAAAAAAUAAAUGUAAGAAAAUCCGUAUUCUACCCUAAAUAACAGCUAACAAGAAAGCAGUCCCUACCAA